AUGCAGCAGCCCGUAUUUUCCUGUCGGCUUCCAACUAGUGCCCUCAUGGCAGCCUAUGAGCGAUCUCUGUGUACGAUGGAGGGGUUUUUUUUGGCCGCUUGGCUACACAUCAACGAACCACUCCACUCAUCAGUUCCUCCAUGGAUUCGACACAACAAUGUAGGGUAG